GUGACACACAUACUCUGUACUCGAACUCUCUUUUACACAGUCACAUCCAAAAUAAAGAGUUCUGUGGAUGGUAAUAAUGUAACUUUGGAGAGAAAAUCUGGACAUCUGGACCUGAAGAACAGUUAGAUGGGACAGUGAGAGAUGGUUUUGAGGUUGAUCUUCAGUGAACAGCCACUGUGGAAGAUCCUAAUAUUCUGCCAGCUAUAUUCUGCGGUCAGCCGGCAUUCUGUAAUUGCCAGCAAUUGUGACGGUGGGCAUGACGUGUUUGCCAAAGUAAAAGAGAAUAGCCUGAUGGGAACCUUUAUUGCCAACCUUAGUUUCACUGCACAGCCAUCAUCCAAUCAUAUGCACUUAAAACUUUCUGGAAAAGAUGCUAAUUGGUUUUAUCUGGAGGGAAGAACCAUUAGACUGAACUCAACAUCAACUAGGAUUAUUGAUAGAGAGAUACACGGCUCAGUUUUAACAGCAACUGUAAGGUGUUACGAACAUAAAGCGCUACAGGCUGAACACAGGAUCAUGGUAGAGGUUCUGAACGAGAAUGACAACAAACCUGAGUUCCUACAAAGAUCAGUUCAACCUCUGCAGCUCAGCGAGUUGACAGCGGUGAACUCUGUAGUGUUUACAGUCCAGGCCACAGAUGCUGAUGGAGACACACUCACAUACGUCAUCGAUGAAACAUCACCUGAUGCCAGGUAUUUUCGAGUGGACUUACCCAACAGUGGCAAAGUGGUUCUCAACAAGUCACUGGACUACGAGAUCAAAACUCAGCUCCAACUGACUCUUUAUGCAGUGGAGAUGAACACAAAUGAACACUACAACACAACGGCAACAAUAAUCAUCAAUGUGAUAGAUGGGGACGACCAGUACCCACAAUUCCAGCCUUGCACUCUUCUCUCAGCCAAUCACAGCAACCGCAUAUGUGCCAAUCCUCUGUACACCGCCAACAUCACAGAGAACGAGCAGGACAUUGUCUUGGAUUUCUUUCCGGGUCCGAUUCAAGCUGUGGAUGGUGAUGAGUGUCUCAGAACACCAGUAAAGUACACCAUCCUGUCAGGGGCAGAUAAUGGCAGAUUCGUCAUUGACAGUAAUUCUGGAGAGGUGAGGUUAACCAGAUGUGUGGAGAACAGACUGCUGAUCCCAACACUGAGACUGCGUGUUAUGGCAGCUCAGACGGAUGACCCGCUGAAAUAUGCAGUAGCCACAGUUCUGGUGAGGGUCCUAGCAGAAAACAGGUUUCCGCCGCAGUUUAAUCGUUCAACAUACCGUGGUUUUGUCAUCGAGAGCGCAAAUCCUGCCUCACUCGUCAUGACAUACGGCAACAAAUUACUUAUCCUGGAGGCCACAGAUCAAGACUUCACUGACGGCUUCAAUCCCAGACUGCAGUAUUCUCUAGACUCCCAACACAACAGCUCUCAGCUCUUUUACAUUACACAAGAAGGACUGCUCAUCGCUAAAACCAGCCUGCUACACCCCGGCCACAAAUAUUUCCUAGAGGUUCUAGCCACUGACCUGGAAUCAGGAGACACUGUUAAAGCUGCAUUGCAUGUGGAAGUUCUUCAAAAAGGCCAACCAGGUACUGGAAAAUAUUCAAGCUCUCUGGAUUAUAUCUUAAUUAGGAAUACACAAAUAUAUAAAAUGAAAAUUGUUUUACAUACAUAAAAUGUGCAACAAACUAGAAGUGAGCACUGUUUGUGCGAAGCUUGCCACAACAUACACUACCAGUCAAAGGUUUUCUGAAGGAUCAUGUGACACCAAAGACUGGCUGCUAAAAAUUCAGUUUGCAUCACAGGAAUAAAUUCAGUUUUAAAAUAUAUUCAAAUAGGAGAAAGUUAUUUUGAAUUGUAAUAAUAUUUCACACCGUUUUUACUAUAUUUUGUCACUUUUGACCGGUAGUGUAUAAUAACAAUACAUGGCUGAACAUAUAAUAAUAAAUAAUAAAAAAAAAAAAUGUAUUGUAUAAGUUCCACAGGGUCCUUUGGGGGCGGGGCAUGUGUACAGCAGUGAGCCAGUGGGCAGGGCAGAGGGCGUGGCAGGGGUGUGUCUGAUCCUGCUGGCCAUUACCUUAUUUACACUGGUGCGGUGCAUACGGAUGAUCAGAGAGAAGCGGGAUCAUGUCAUCCGGACCAGCGUGGCUGACAACAGACACCCUAAUGUGAUGAACCAGAGCCGACCGACGACUUUAGUGGAGGAAACGUUCUCACAUCACAACGAGGCAUUCAGCGAGUACGACCACUCCACCUCACCCUUCUACGGCAAACAGGGCAUCUACACCAAAACAGAGGAACCACCUCCAUCAUCAUCUGUGAACUUACCAUCAAUUACCUUCAACAAAUCCUUACGGGAACCAAGACGCAAUUAUCUGGCCCUGCGGCCCAAUGGGAGGCCUGUGAACAGGUUUAACAACAAAACGGUGUCAUUUCACGACUACGUCGUGGUUCGGGAAUGGGAUGAGGAGAGUGAAGAAAAUACGGAGACUACGUUCACAACAGAGGUGGAGAUUUGUACCGAUUUAGAAGAAAUGAACAUGGAUUGUGAAUUAGAAAAUGACGAUUCAGAUCUCCCAGAAGAAGAAUUUAAAAUCCAAUCGCAAAGAAUCACUUCAUACCGUGACGACAUAUACAAUGAGUCAGAAAUGCUCAAUAUGCACCUAAAAAGAGUCAACCGAGACUACGAAUCACAUAAUACAGACCACACACAAGUAAAAAUUGACUUGGAAGACAGAAUUCAGGAAAAACCACUGGAAACAAGGCACCAAAAAAUAGCUGGAAAGCACAGAUUCAAGUCUGAUAUACAAAGACACUCAACUGAAAGUCAAGAAAGAGAUCAAACGGUAACACAAAACUCACCAUUAAAAGAUACUACACAAGCAGAAUUCUCCAUUUUUCAAGGAGAGCCAUAUAUCAUUAACCCUAAAGCCUUGGUUUCAGAAGCCGAUAAACCCGUCCUCAACUAUUCAGAAAGCUUUAAAACAGAUGGUAGAAGAAAUCCGGAUGAUCUCAAUUUAGAUCCUCAGGUUUCAGUAGCUGAAAGUUCUGUACAAAGCAUUCAUGAUGUAAGUAACUUACAAACACAUCUAAGCACAUUAACACUUGAUCCAGGUCAAUACAAUGGAUCAGAAGAAUGUCUGGGAGUUGAGACGGACAACACCCCAAGCUCAAACAUAUAUUAUGUUAACGAGAACAUUGCAACAAAUUUAGAUGACAGUAGCCCAGAAGAGGAGUCUGUAUCUAAUCUAGAUACAAGCAGUCAACAUCUGAACUAUCUUCAUGAUCCUCACGACACACAGAUAGAAUGUUUCUACGAUACAGACACUGAUGAAACUAAUGAUGGGAGAUGAUAAUGGGAGAUUGAUGAAAGCUAAGAGCGAUACUGAAUCAACUUAAUGUUUGAAUUGAGCUUGAGCACCAAAUGAGCCUUUGUAAAAUGGGAAAAGUACAGAUUUGGCAUCUGCGAGGGAAUGAACAGAUGGGUGAGUAAUACAAGCGUUAAUCUAACUUCUAACCCAAAGUUUUAAAGUUUGCCCUGCACCGAUGGUUUUCAGAUAUCCUGUGCCCUUUCUGCAUUAUAUAAUGUACAUCAUUGCACACGGACAUGCUUUCUUUGUAUUGAAAUUGCACUUUG